AAUUUGUUUUGGUAUCGGCGACAAGUGUUUGGCCAGAGUUUUGGUGAGGAAUUUUAUUGCGUUCGAAAAACCGUGUGAAAAAUGCAAAACGGAUGGGAUUUGAUGGCGGCGCGGAUCGUCCAGACGUACAACCUGACCGGGGUGAUCAAGCAGUACCGGGGCGAGGUCGACACGAUCCGGAAGCUGGACGCGAUUCCCGAAAUCAGAAAAGCGUGCCGUGCCUGGCUGAAAAAGCUACCCCCCGUCACGGUGAACGACGAGGAAAAGUCCCACCUGUACCGGGAGAACGGAAACGAGAUCUUUCGCAGCCGCAAGAGCCCCCACGUGGCACUGGAAGCGUACAGUAAGGCCAUCUUUAUGGCGCCCGGUGGUUCGCCGGCGCAAGCAAUGGCCCACGCCAACCGAGCCAUCGUGCUGAUGAGCUUGAAGCGGUUCCGCGAGGCGUACGAGGACUGCCAGCUGGCCCUGACCGGGGGGUAUCCGGAGGAAAACCGGCUGCGCGUCCUGUUCCGGCUGGCAGAGUGUGCGCUCCAGAAUCGCGACCGGGACGGGCUGGACAAGGCGCUGGACGCGAUGGGGGCACAUGCCGAGCAGCAGGAGCUGACCAGCUUCGAGAUGGAGCGAUAUAAACGACUACAGCAGCUUGCUGGAAUCAUUGCAAUAUCAGAAAUUCCCGCUGAUCCAACAGAAGUUGAUGUUCAAUAUCCUAAACUGGAAGAAAAAUCCGAUGCUUCACAUGGUCGAUUCAUAGUAUCUAAAGAGGGAAUCAAGAAAGAGGCUCCAAUCGUGCAGGAAACGGCCGUUUCCUUUGUUCCAGUGUACGAUCCGCGAAGCAGAUCCGAGCUGCCGCCCUUCGAUUGUCAGUACUGCGGUGAAAUCAAUGUAAUCCCGUUUCCCUGUAUCACUUGUGGACGAGCAUGCUACUGUAGUGUAGCCUGUCGCAAGAAUCACUCCUCGCAUCGAUUCGAAUGUGCCGGAUAUGGGAAGCACUUGUGGUAUUUGAUUGGUAUCGCUCAUCUUGGAAUGCGAAGCUUCCUGGAUGGGUUUGAAGCGAGUACCCAAAAGUUGGAUUUGUCGGUUGAAAGUACGCCAGAAGGUUUGUUCAAAAGCGUGCUCGAUACGGCAGAAGCUGAACAUACGGAAUAUCCGUAUGGGAGGGUUCUACGAUUGGUAACUAACUUUGAGCAGAUGGAUGUGAUGGAUAUGCUGCAGUAUUCGUUGACUGCCUACAUGCUCUCGGUAUACCUGAGUGGCUUUACCGACUUUUUCCAACAACUUGGCGAUCUUAUCAACGUAAUGUCCAAGGAAAACUGGUCUAUCUACUGUGGAGCGGUCAUCUUCCGCCAUAUUGGUCAGUUGGUGUGCAACGGCCAUGCAAUCAGUGAACUGCGCGGUAGUUUCGCCUCCGAGAACAACUGUCUGGAAGCGGACAGCUUUAACAUCAAGGCGGGAUUCUUGCACCGGUACUUUGAAAGCACUCGAGUGUUUACCGGUAUUUUCCCUCAAAUCAGUAUGUUCAAUCAUUCCUGCGAGCCGAACAUAAGAAAUACGUUCAACAAAAAUACUCUUACGGUGUACGCCGCCAAAGAUAUUCCUGUGGGAGGUGAAAUUUUUAACUGCUACGGACCGAACUUUAAGCUGAUGUGCAAAGACGAGCGCAAAUCUGCACUGCGACAGCAGUAUGGAUUUGAGUGUAAAUGCACGAGAUGUAUAUCGAAAAACGAUGAAGCUUACGAAUCCUUCGAGCACUACAAAUGUCCCUUUGCAAAGUGUUCCAAGUACUUUAUGUUGAAGGAGAACGCGGAUCCCUUUGAGAAGGAUAUCAAGUGUCCGAUGUGCAGGCGUAUCAUCGAUUGCUCAACGUUCCAACUGAUCGCUGCUGGCAUGACCAGCGAGCAAGAAAGUGGCUACGAGGAGUUCGACGAGGCAAUGGAUGCUUACAGCAAGUGCAAAGCCGUACUCUCCGAGUACCACGAAACCAAGAUCACCCUGGCGCACAUGAUUUUCCUCCAGUAUCUGCCGUUUUCCGGGCUGGACGACCGUUGUCUGCGGAGGCUCAAGAAGCUGGCGCACGAGUUUAUCCAGAUUCGGGAGCAGCGCUUCGGAAUGAUGAGUCCGGAGUACGUGGUGGCGUGCUUCUAUCUGAUGGACCUGCUGGUGAUUGAGUCCAAGUGUGAGGGACCGUUCAAAAUGGACGCCGUAUCGGUCGAGUUCGUGGGCAAUUUCAAGAAAGCGAUUGAAAUAUUUGGCACUGGAACACGGACCAAGGUGCUGAAUUAUCUAAAAACGCAUCUAGGUUAGAAUGAUUACUGUUAAGCGAAUUAGUAAGUACCCGUUAUUGCCAAUAUUUGAAAUACGCUUGUUGUGGUAAAUGUUUUUGCAUGAAUUGUUCCCAACAAUACCUAUUAAAGUGAAACGAUAUACUCAAAA